AUGCGAAAAUUGGUAGUAGAUGGUACAAAUGCGUUGUGGAGGUGGCAUACAUCGAGUACGGAUGUUCACUGCUCGCUCUCUCAAGAAGACGAUUGUACAAGUGUACCGAGCUGUAUCGUAUGCUGGGUGUACCCGGACGCAAGCGAGCUAGAGUACAAUGUGCGAUUCUGGUCAAAUUGGACCGCUCCAGUUAAUUAUUUGAAUGGAUCAGAAUCACUUGACUACUCAUUCUCGUACUCUGCUACAUGGGCAUCAUCGAGUCACGAACAGGAUGCCAGGACAAGCCUCAAGACGGUUGUAGGAGAUGACACAGUAUCUACACCGCUCCUUGUAGAAGACAGUAGAUUGAUCACGAAGAGGCGCCAGACAAGGACUGCACGCUCUAUCAUACUCAAUGGGACGGUUCCUGCGCAGAUUCGAGAUAUCCCAGUCGCAGUCGACCUGACAAUUCGUCGGCCACACGGCGCUAGCGUGUACUACCGCAUGGAAGGGGGCACCUUUCACAUAAUCGACCCACAGUUGGCAAAAGACUCGGAGUCUACCCCUGCUCAGGGCUCAUCUGUCGGACCUGCUCAUGGCGCUUCCAUCGCAUUAAUUGUUGGCGUAAUCGUGGGCGGUGUCAUUCUCAUCGCAUUUUUAACAGCUGGCAUCCUCUUCUACAGAAGGAAGCGUCGAGGUCAACUACUGGAGCAACUUGAACCGGAACAGUACGUGCUUCCCACGACAGUGCCAUCUCCGGAUCCUCCAAGUCCGGAGGUGCCUAGUAAUGCAGAAGGCAUCACACCAUAUCGAUACUCAAACCUAUCUUAUACAUCACCUUCAUCCCGUGCAAAGAGUGCCGAUUUUCACCGCAAACAGGAUCCAAAUCCAUUCGGGAGCACCUUCCGCGUAGCGGAUCACUCGGAUAGCGCAAGCCUUCCACCAGCCUAUCUCGACGAGUCGGUUAUCAGUAUCCCACUCUCGACACCCUCUGUGACAGCUUCGAGGCAAAACCUCGCGGAGAGGAACCGCGGGACGGAAAGUGUGACGCCCUCGCGAUCCAAUUCGCCUACAAGCGAGCCCGAGCAUACAGAAGAGCGUAUCCAGCUACGAAUCAACACGCCACUCGCUAAAUGGGCCAAGAAGCAUCGAAAGUAUAUACCCGAAAGACUAGAGCGCAAGUUGGAAGAUGCGGGAUAUGUGCCGACGGACGAUCCGGAUCAAUUGUCCGAGGACGAGUGGAGACGGGAAUGGGGUGUGACCAUUUUUGAGCUCGGAAGGAUGCGCAAGCUGUACGCUGCGAGGCAAAGACGGCGAGGGCAGACAUAA